AUGACAGAUACAUCGAGAGUCACCUAUGGUGGCAAUGGGCCCUUGGUCCUAGGGGUGACCUGGGCAGAGAUGGGUCUGGCGCUCAUCCUUAUCAUUCUUCGAGCGAAAACCGCUUCCGCCGUCGCCCUGGCGGUUCAAAGCAGCAUCACCGUGAGCGUUCGAUAUGGACUUGGGAAUCAUCAAGACUUGCUUUUGAAAAAUGACCUUGUGAAGACAAAUCUCUGGAGCUGGAUUGCACAGGUUCUUGCCAUUCUCGAUCUAGUGAUUGCCCGGAUAGCCGUCAUUGCCUUCUUACUCUCCAUUCAAGGAAGAACAAUGUACAAGAGUAGAUAUCUCUUGUAUUUUGUAGGCGCAAUCCAGGCACUCAUCAAUAUUAUCGAGAUUGGACUGAUAUUUAAGCAAUGCACACCGGUGGAAAAGCUGUGGGAUUCUGAUAUUCCCGGGACAUGCGACCAAGUGGUGAUAUGUUCCCAGGUCGGGUUUGCGCAAGGCAGUAUGUGA